CCAUUUCUCCCUCGCCGGAAUAUUCCCUCUCUACUUCACCUCCUCAUCAUCCGUCACCGUCACAUUUUCACCGGGUUAAGUAAAAAUGCCUGACGUACAAUCAAUGGUUCUGGAGUUUGUUAACAAGCUUAGGAAACGUAAGAUUGAGGGAUCACAGGCUACAGCUAGAUGCACUGUAGAGCUUCUUAAGUCAGUGGUUUCUCAUCAUCGUUUGCCUCGUGCAAACCAAGCUUCAGCUCUUAUUGAUGCUGUGAGAGGCGUUGGUGCGCAGUUGGUAGCUGCAAAUCCUGUUGAGCUUGCGGUGGGGAAUGUAGUGAGAAGGGUUUUGCAUAUAAUAAGGGAGGAGGAUCUGUCUCUUGCUACAGCAGCUGUGUCUGAGUUGGAUUUUAAUGGGGAAGGGAUGUCUGCGGCAGUUGUUGCAGCUGCUGCUAGGAGUACGUUACGUCCUCCUUCUUUGCAGACGCUUCUCGAGGGUACUACUGAAUCUGCGACUGUCCCUUACACUUUUUCUUCCGGUGUGGAUUCCGAAAGCAAAACUGCCGACAAAAGUUCAAUAACUCAGAAGCUGAAGGAUGAUGUUAGAGGAGGAAUCGAUCAACUUAUCAAGGAUAUUACUGAUUGUCAUGAGCAGAUUGCUGAGCAAGCUAUAGAGCACAUACAUCAAAAUGAGGUGAUUCUAACCCUGGGUAACUCAAGAACAGUACUCGAGUUUCUAUGUGCUGCAAAGGAGAAGAAAAGAUCAUUUCGUGUAUUUGUCGCCGAAGGUGCUCCAAGGUAUCAGGGACAUGUAUUAGCAAAAGAACUGGUAGCUAGAGGUCUGCAGACCACUGUGAUCACUGACUCUGCAGUGUUUGCUAUGAUAUCUCGAGUGAAUAUGGUUAUAAUUGGAGCUCAUGCAGUGAUGGCAAAUGGUGGGGUUAUAGGACCUGUUGGUGUCAACAUGGCUGCUCUGGCAGCAAAAAAGCACGCAGUCCCAUUUGUUGUUCUAGCCGGUAGUCACAAGUUAUGUCCGCUCUAUCCUCACAAUCCGGAGGUAUUACUAAACGAGCUGAGAUCUCCUUGUGAACUGUUGGAUUUUGGUGAGUUCUCUGACUGCCUUGAUUCCGGGUCCCCCCUUGUUCAAGUUGUCAACCCAACCUUCGAUUACGUCCCACCAAGCCUCGUCAGUCUCGUUAUAACCGACACGGGAGGACACAACCCGUCUUACAUGUACCGUCUUAUUGCUGACUACUACUCUGCUGAUGAUUUGGUGAUGUAG